GCAAACUCCUCCCUCUACACAACAACGGCAGGGUAAGCGAUGUUAGCAAAUGUUGAGCGUUGGCACAACUCAAGUUUGGCAACACGCUCGAACCCCGUCGCGAGACUGUCUUUUCGUAAAUUAUUAGGGCUUAGGAAAAGAGGAAGGGGAAGAGGCGAAUUUCCAAGGAUAUCUGCUUUCUUUCUUUCUCGUUAUGUAAGGCUCGCCUAGGUUGUCAUUGCCAGAGGGUGUGUGUUUCCGCGUUCAUGGACUUGUACUCUGUCUCCCCUCGCAGGCAGAACGAUUCGAGACGCAACAGCCUACCUCAGCCUUUCGUUCUUCGCACCAACAUCGGCGGUCGUACACGGCUUCGUCUACCGCCUCGCAUGCUCUCUACUUCUGCCCUCAAAUCGACCGGUGAUAGUGGUCUAGCUUGCCAGGAGCUCUUUAGGGUGUGGAAGAAAUUUAAGAUGUCGGGUGAUCAAAGUGCAGAGAAGUUGGACACCAUGCUGCAGAGCAUGGAUAAGAUCCAGAUGACCCUCAAGCAGAUUGAGGUGAAUGGACGACCAGGGGACUCGGAGGAGUAUUACGCACCAAGAGAAGACAAACAAAAGGUGUUUGCAAGGAUUCGAUGUAACAUCAUCACUGUAGGUGACAUUGACACAGUGGCCCAGCUGUUCACUGCAGAGAUCUAUCUGAGUGUCACGUGGAAGGAACCAAAGGUCAAAGGCAUGAAGAGAGAGGAUGUGAACUGGGACGAGCACUGGGAUCCUCGAAUCUACUUCUUCAAUGCAGUGAACAUCGAUAAGAUGCAAACCAACCAUUACAUCAUGCCAAAUGACGAUGAUGACCCCGAUGGUAUCCCGGAUGUUCGUCUCUCUAUCAGGAUGAAGGGGACAUUCAAGUGCAGCAUGCAGCUCAAGGAUUUCCCUUUCGACUGCCAGGAUUUGACGAUUAAGUUGAUGUCUGACUGGCCCGUUGAAGAUGUUGAGUUUGUGAAGGAUAUGAACAUCAAGGACAGUAUCAGACUCGACACCUUCACAGCUGGUCACCAGUGGAAGCUAUGGAAACACGUAUUAGCUCAACCUAUUGAAGAGGAUAAAGCUUUGACGGGAGCACAUAGAUCUUAUCCCAUCUAUCACAUCACCACGCAUGUGCAGCGAAGACCUGGCUUCUAUAUCUGGAAUAUCGCCCUCAUUAUGCUUCUGAUCGUCAUCUUAACUUUCACGUCGUUCGUAGUAGAACGAGGUGCUCCGGCCGACAGACUCAGUGUGACGGUGACUCUCCUUCUGACGGCUGUAGCCUUCAAGUAUGUCGUCAGUCAAUCUCUACCACUCAUAUCUUAUCUAACCAUGCUGGACAAGUACGUGCUAUCGUGUCUCAUCUUCCAAUGCCUGGUGGUCGGUCAGAAUGCUCUAUCGGCCGUCGUCGAGAUCAACGACCCCGAUAAGGAGAAAGACUGGGCUAAAUGGUUCGACUUCAUCUCCAUCAUCGUCCUCGCCGGCAUGGUGUUCAACAUCACUAUCGGCUUCAUCAUCUCAAGCCUUAUCAGGAAAUGUAAGACAACUAACAGGAUGACGAAGAUAACUGCCGAGUACAUGGAUAAAUGCGAGCAGAUAAACCAGAAUUGGCAGACCCGCCAGAGUAACCGUGAGGCCAGUAGAAAGAGCAAAGAGGAGCGGACCAUUCCGCCGACGGAGAAGGCGGUCCAGGCCGGAGCCGCUGCCAAGGGCCUCAGCUGGAAGAGAACAAGCAAGGAAGUGGGUAAUAAUGGCAAAAACAACGUAGAGAUGCAAGGUAUUAAGACGGACGCCAGCCUCAAACCAGAGCCCAGUUCCCAUCCUUCUGGUAGUACCACCAGUCAACAAACUACUGCUACAUUCGCCGUCUAAACAUCGCCUCCCAUAAGUAACCAGAUACAGGUAUAUGGAGUAAAACCAGUCAAUCAGUCAACAAACUACUGCUACAUUCGCCGGCUAAACAUCGCCUCCUAUGAGUAAUCAGGUACAGGAAUAUGGAAUACCACCAGUCAACAAACUACUGCUACAUUCGCCGCCUAAACACCGCCUCCUGGUGGUAACCAGAUACAGGAAUAUGGAAUACCAACAUUCAACAAACUACUGCUACAUUCGCCGCCUAAACACCGCCUCCUGGUGGUAACCAGAUACAGGAAUAUGGAAUACCAACAUUCAACAAACUACUGCUACAUUCGCCGUCUAAACGUCGCCUCCUAUAAGUAACCAGAUACAGGAAUAUGGAAUACCGCCAGUUAAGUACUGCUACAUUCGCCGUUAAACAUCGCCUCCUAAGUAACCAGAUACAGGAAUAUGGAAAACUCCCAAUUAAUAAACUACUGCUACAUUCGUCGUCUAAACAUCGCCUUCUAAGUUACCAGAUAAUAAGGGAGUUUAUAGAUAGCACAUGGUACAAAUGACCCCAAAUAUCCACAGAUCUUUUACACAUGGAGACGUUCCACUUUGAGCAUCUUAGAAUAAUAACUGCCGAAGUC